GUCCUGAACGCACGUGCUUCUUACAUACGAUGUUGGCGACGCAUGUGCAAGAAAUCCUUUUCGAGGAACAAAUUCCUCAAUCUGGCAAGAGUGGUCGAUACUCGAUAUUACGGUACCACAUGGUAACGGAGCUGAAAUGGCGUUAACUGUUCCUUGUGUCGCUGUGAGAGGUUCCAUUGGAGUCAGCUUAGGACAAGGCCCACCGUCAUAUGAGCCAGUUAAAUCAUUUCCUAAAGAUGACAGUAAAACGUGCAGAGCAAUGGUGUUUAGUCCGGAUGGACGUUACUUUGCAUGGGUCAAUGGAGCAACCACUAAAAUUGUGGAAUGUAGUACAUGGCAAAUUAUUACAGAAAUUAAAAGACCUAAAAUCUUUUCAAUAAAGUUUUCCAGUCAAGGCACAUAUUUUAUGACCUGGGAACCAUUCAUUGUGACACAAUCAAAUCCUUCUGCAUCACCAAAUCUUCAUAUAUGGAAGUCAGACAAUGGGGAACUGGUGAAGAGUUGUGUACAGAAGAGACAAACAGACUGGGAACCCCAAUGGUCAAGUGAUGAGAAAAUUUGUGGGAUGUUGAAUGGUGCAGAAGUUGUUCUGUACGAGGAUGCCAACUUUCAAAAAGUUGCUCAUAAAAUAAAAGGAGCAAAAAUUGCUAGUUUUAGUAUAUCACCCACUUGUUCUCCAUAUUAUAUUCUCUGUUACAUGCCUGGAAGAUCCGAUCAGCCUUCGUUCGGAAAAUUAUUCCAAUAUCCUAAUUUUGAAUCUACAAGUGCUAUAGCAGAUAAAAGUUUUUUCCAGGCAGACAAAGUGAACAUUUAUUGGAAUAAUACUGGAGCGCACGCCUUAUUAUUGACAAGUACAGAGGUUGAUAAGACAGGUGCUUCGUACUAUGGAAAACAAACUUUACAUUAUCUUAGUACAAAGGGGGAAACUGCUAUGCUAGUAUUUAAUCAGGAAGGUCCUAUACACGCGGUUCAAUGGUCUCCAAAAAAAAAUGAGUUCUGCGUUAUAUAUGGUUUCAUGCCGGCUAAAGCUACGUUAUUUAACCUCAAGUGCGAACCAAUAUUUGAGUUUGGCACACUGCAUCGAAAUAGCAUUUACUACAGUCCUCAUGGAAAUAUUCUUAUAUUGACUGGGUUUGGUAAUCUGCGUGGUCACAUCGAGUUGUGGGAUGUUGAUACAAAGAAAUUAAUUGCCAAAGCAGAAGCUCCUGAUACAACGCUCCUUCAAUGGUCUCCGGAUGGAGAACACUUUAUGACAGCGACCACAGCACCCAGACUCCGUAUGGGUAACGGAUUUAAAAUUUGGCACUACACCGGAACAUUAUUGUACGAGCGACCGUGGAACGAACAAGAGGAACUGUGGGAAGUACUUUGGCAAACGUUCCCGGUGAGCACAUUUCCGGAGAAAGUAAUUAGUUAUAAAGCUGUUGAAGGUAUUGCUCCUAGCCAACCACAAGCAUCGAAGCAAGCGUAUCGACCACCUACAGCGCGAGGAGAAAGUUUACCUUUCAAAAUACCAAAGUGUCCGUACGGGAAGAAGAAAAAAUCUGGAAAUAAAACGAAGAAGGAUAAGAAGGAGUCGGAAGCCUCUGCGUCUAAUAACCCAAGUACAAACGGACAAGUUACUACAAGCACAAACAGUCAGAGUUUAACUUCGACAAAUGUUCCUCAGUGCGACGAAUUGGAGAAAAGUAAAAAGAUUAAGAGGAUUAAAGCGAAAUUAGAUCAAAUUGCGAAGUUAAAGAAACAGUUAGAGGGUGGAAAGCAAUUAGAAAUCAAUCAAUUGGACAAGAUCAAGAAGGAAGCUGAUUUGUUGAAAGAAAUUGAAGAGCUUGCUUUAUGAUGAACAUUUCAAAUCGCACAUAUGCAUGGUUGAAAAAAAAAUCCGAAUAUUUCUCUUGAAAAAUGGAAAAUGAUCUCGGUCCAUCGUUUAUGAUAACACACGUACAGGAGUUACGUUUAGGUGAAGAUACAAAUUUUCAUUCUGCGAAGAGGCAGUGGGAACAAAACGGAUUGCAAUGGAUUGAAACGUGUUUCCACAUUAUUAAGCUCGUUAAAAUUUAAGACAUGAUCACAAAUACCGUUUGCGUGUGAUCUUAAACAAAAAAAGAAUACAAAUGGUCCAUCACGCCUCUUCCCGCAUAGUUAAAAAAAGAAAUCAUUUCCUUUUUCUCAAGACACUUCCAUUUUAAAUAACAUUUUUUAAAAAACAAAUAUCGGAGGAUAAUGAUGUUAAGUCAGUUGACGAUUACUAAGCUUUUUCCAUGUCAUGCGACCUUGAAGCAAGAUCGAGUGUAAAAGUGAACCAUUUAAUACAAAAUAUUCACGGUUGCAUGGGUAUGCGUGAGAUGGAAAAGCAACAUAAUUGUAAAAUUUAAAUAUACAGAAAAAUUUGUUCCUGAAGGCAGGUGCUAGAAUUUCAAUUACAUUAAUAAAUUGUUAUGUAUUAUUAUUAUAUUUUUUUUCAUACAAUAAUCUACAUUUAUAAAACUGGAAAAUAGACAUAUCAUUAUUGGACUUUCAAUUGUUACUAGAAUCAAGCACCUUACGUUGUUUCCUGCAGGAACAUGUUUGGUUUUGUACACGAUAUUUUUAUUUCUAUGCUUUGCAUUGUGUCUAGGAUUCAAAUUUUUAUACUUUUCUUGCUAUUAAUCAUUAUAAGACUGGUCAGACGAAAUAGGAUUACAUGGUACAGUUUAAUAAAUAAGCGAAGAAACUACAACAAAAGGAAAAGAAACAAUGAUUAAACUUUGUUUCACGAGCAGUGAAACAUUUUUAAACAAUAAAGGAAAUUUAGCUUUUUGAAUUAGUUGAUUUUUUAAGCACCACUGUUUUAAACAACGUUCGAUGUUACCUUUACUCGUUAUUCAGUUUGAUUGUAACUUUAAUUGCAAUUUUUGUUAUAUUAUCGAAUAUUGUUUUCGUUUUAUAUAUAAUUGCUGUCAACGGGAUCUCCGUGUUCCUUAACUUUUUUCGACGCGCUAAUUAAACGUUUAUGCGACUAUUUUCAUUUAAAAAAAAGAAUACAACGUUCAUCCAAGCUGGAAUUUUGCAAUUUUGGAAUAUUAUAUCAUUUCAAAAAAUACA